AUGGAAGCCCUCUUCCAGCAAGUCCGCUCGCUCGCCCAGAGCGGCGACGAGAAGCGACGCAAGGAUGUCCUAGACUCGCUGCAGGAGUUGCGCAACUCGAUCGAGAAGCCGGACGAUACGGUUCAGCGUUUCACAUUCUACAACCUACAAAUGGCAGCCUUGCGGGUCGGAAUCAACCCCAGUCUAUUCAGCUCCCUUGUGGCGAGCGAGAAGCCUCUCGCUGCCGGUGAGCUGAGCGACAAAACUGGGACAGAUCCGAUCUUCCUGGGCCGCAAGCUUCGUUACCUCGCGUCAUUCGGCGCCAUCAAAGAGACCGACAAGGACACCUUCACUUCCACCAACAUCUCCUCCACCUUUGCCCUGUCAGGCUUCCAAGCCGCCAUCUGCCACUAUUUCGACACAAUGAACCCAGCCAUUCAAUCCCUCCCAAUCUUCCUCAAGGAAACCAACUACGUUGAUCCGAAAGACAGUGCUAACACCGCCCUCCAACGGGCCUUCAACACCACCCAACCUGCCUUCUUCUGGCUACAAACUCAGCCCGAAAAGAUGGCUUUAUUCCAGGAAUACCUCACGACCAACUGUGCUGGGAUGCCCACCUUCCUCGACGCCUACCCCGUCCGCGAGCACGCCACCGCCCUGCACCCGGAGCGCGUGCUCUUCGUCGACGUAGGAGGCGGCUUCAGGCAGCAGGCCAUCGCGUUCCGGAACCGCUACCCCGAUCUCGCAGGGCGCGUCGUCGUCCAGGAUCUGGCGCCGACGCUGCAGCAUGCCAUCCAGCAUGCGGGGGUGGAGACGAUGGAGCAGGAUUUCUUCCCGCCGCAGGGUAUUAAAGGGGCGAAAUUCUGUUACUUCCGGAACAUCUUCCACGAUUGGCCGGAUAACAAGGCGCGGACCAUCCUCCAGAACACGAUCGAGGCGAUGGCGGAGGACUCGAUCAUCUUGGUUGACGACAUGGUGCUUCUAAAUGCCGGCGUGCAUUGGCAGGCCGCGCAGCUGGAUAUCCUCAUGAUGACGAUGUUGGCGGCGCGGGAGCGGACGCAGGAGCAGUGGGAUCAGUUGCUGCAGAGUGCCGAGUUGAAGGCGACGAGUAUCCAGACUUAUACGGCAAGUUUGGAGGAUAGUGUUAUUGAGGCUGUUCCGGUUUAA